UCGUUUCCGCGCUCAUCCCCGGGAGAACGUUCCACCACUCGAGAGGUGGGGAACCAAAUCCGCGACUCGGCUCUCUCUCGCGCGCGACAGGGAGACGACGAUGCUGGGUCGCUGAGAGCUCGCGACCAUCCCCUCCGGCGGCCGGAGGCUCUCUCUCCCCUCUACCUUCUCCUCCGCCGGAUUGCCCUCCUCUGCUCUGACGAAUCUCCUCCGCGCGGAGAACGCAUGAACUCUCCAAGAUCUGGCGCUCUCGUCUCCAACAACUCCACGCCAUGCCGUGCGGCGGCCGGCGGGUGCUGCCUCGUCUUCGCCACUAGCCAACUCCGACCCUCAGCACAUCGUCGUCUCUGGUUGCCUUGCACGGAUCCGCCAAUUUCACUUCCUCGAGGGCAGAGGCAGCUAGCCAGUGCGUAGUGUUUCCCUCGCUGCAAACCAAACAGACACGAGGAUUAGGGAAAUAUCUCCCGUAAAAACUGGGGAUACCAGGUGCACCCCAAAAUUCCCUAUCGGGGUAUCCUUCACUGGUUUUCGUGCCCCCAACAACCAAACAAGCCCUCACCGUUGCUCGCGUCGCAGGCUGUCCGAUGUGGGAUUGGGACGCUACCUCCCUCGCCGGCGCUAUCAAAUCCGCCGCCACUGGCCGCUCUGCGCACCACGUCAAGCCCCUCCACGCGCUCCUCCUUAAGCUCGGCCUCUCAGCGUCCGCCAUUCUAUCCACCUCGCUCGCGCAUCUUGCACUCCGCUGCGGGCUUCCAGGUUACGCCCGCGCGCUGUUCGGCGAAAUGCCCCGCCGGGACGUGGUCUCCUGGACGUCCCUCAUCACCGGUCAUGCCCACCAGGGUCUGCAUACUGAUUCUUUGUCCCUUUUUCGGCGCAUGGUGGAAUCUGGUGUUGCUCCCAACGGGUACACGCUGUCCGGUGGGCUGCUCGCGUGCGCCGGGGUUGGCCAGGCCGCCCUUGCUAUCGGGAAGGAAAUUCAUGCCAGGGUUGUGAAGAUGAGUAUGUAUGGCCCCGUCGAUUCAGUUGUGGAGAACGGAGUUCUUGACAUGUACACGAGAUGCGGGAAUGUUGACUACGCCAGGAGAGUGUUUAGGGUGAUGGCGGCAAGGGACAUUGUUGCGUGGAACUCGAUGAUGGCUGGGUGUCUCGGCAGUGGCCAAGCAGAGGAGGCUGUGGCGUUGUUUGCGUCAAUGGUGUCUUGUGGGGUUGGCGCAGAUGGAUUCUCGUGUGCCAUAAUUGUCGGUGCGUGCGGGGAGCUGGCAUUGUUGAAGCAGGGUAUGCAGGUGCAUGCACGGGUUAUUCGUGGUGGAUUUGAGUGGGAUGUGGUUGUCAGGAACUCCUUGGUGGAUAUGUAUGCAAAGUGCGGUUGUGUUGACUCAGCAGAGCUUGUCUUUAAGGCUGCAACAUCACUGGACUCUGUUCUGUGGACUACGAUGAUCUCAGCUUAUGGGAAGUCUGGCCGUGCACAAGAUGCAGUAUCUAUGUUUGAUAGGAUGGCACAUUUGGGCAUAAAAAGAGAUGGAGUAGCAUACCUUGCGGUGUUGUCAGCUUGUAGCCAUGGCGGGCUUGUUCGGGAAGGUUGGCACUACUUCAAGGUUCUGUUUGAUGGCCAGAGCUCGGUUAAGCUGCAGCCUGAGCACUACGGUUGCAUGGCAGAUCUUAUUUGCAGGAGAGGUUGCCUACAAGAUGCUCUUGAAUUCAUUGAGAGCAUGCCAUUUGACUCCAGUGUUGCUGCCUGGAGUGCAUUGCUUAAUUCAUGUCGAAUCUAUAGGGAUGCUAAGUUGGGUCAGCUUGCAGCAUCUCGUCUACUCGAGCUUGAUCCUGGGAACCACAGUAACUGGGUUGCUCUAUCAAGUAUACAUGCGUUGGAGGGAGAUUGGCAUGAGACCUGGAUGAUCAGGGAGAACAUGAACAAAGAGUGGGUGAAGAAAGAGCCUGGAUGUAGUUGGGUCGAACUGCAGGAUGGGGUUCAUGUCUUUCUAAUGGCUGACCAGUCUCACCCUGAGUUGGUUAAUGUACUGCAGACUCUCGAUUCUUUGAAGGAAGAUAUAUAGAGGAUGCCUUCAUAAGAAGCAUACGAUGAACAAGUUUUUGCGAGGCUCUUUGGUCGGAGCUCCUUUAAAUCUCGCCGGAGAGUGCGAUGUUGUCCUAGCUGGUGAUUUUCCUUGCAACUAGUGUGACCAGUGCCAUCAAAUAGGUUUGGAGAUGAAAAUACGUCCUUUGCAGAUGUGCCAUUACAGCAAGAGUUAUAACUAAGGACCAGUGCCUUGCUGCAUAUAUGUGGCAUGCAAAAACGAGACCACGUACAGAAGACGAUAGGAUUACAAGAAAAGUUCCAUUGAAGUGUAUAUCUACCCAGGCAACAUACCAGUCAGUUAAAUGUGUUGGGCAACGGAAGCAUCGGGAAAUACAGCUAACUUCAAACUCAGAGGAUAAACAAGGCUGUCAAUAAGCAAGAUGCAAACCAGUUAAAUUUGUUUGUCAGUUGAACCAACUAUAAACACUCCAGCAGUCAUCCACCAGGAAAUUGAGACAUUUUCUAUCAUCACUUGAUUCAAUCUCAUGAUGAAAUACAAGUUUAUUCCAUGUCAUUUGUUGAGCACAUCCAUGGUUGCUCUUGUCCUACUUCGGUUUCAUAUAUUUUUACUGCAGUUUACGUGAUUGCAAAUGGGAAAUUGUCAACAGAGUGCAUGGUCUAUAGUUUUACCUUGUUUCUACUCUGUCAAGUUGCAACAAUGUCCAGUAUGUUAAUUAUUUUAAGUCAUGAUGUUCUUGAGUGCUCAAAAUCCGCAUGGUCCUGUAAGGUAGACAGGUAGUAAUAUGUUAAGUGUUACAUUCCCUACAUGAAAUUCGAUGCAAUCCAAAUCUUGAAACAAAUCAAUUCACACCAUACAUUAUUUGUUUGGCUUUGUUUCUAUGUUUGAAAUUUGAAGGCGUUUCUUGUAUUGUUCCCAUAUAUAGGAUUUGGGCAUAAAUCAUAACUUGUACAUAUGCUUUUGUUUGCUUGCUCUACGAAUAUGAGAUUAUGGGUUAGUUUUAUAGUAAUUAAUGGUACGCAAGAAAUAUUAACUAAGCUACAUGUAGCGACAGUAAAGCAAUAUGAUAGGACACCUGCCUUUUGACAUUAAUCACACGAUCUAGUUGGACAAUUUGAUUUGCUCUGGACGCAAGCAACAAUAGGAACGAACAGGGAAGAGCUGGCUUAUUGACAGUCAAAUGGAUGCCAAGGUAAGAUACCUGGAAUUCUGAGACUGGACAGACCAGGGUAGUUGCGAGCACAGUAGCAAUCUCAGGGAAUCAACGUACCGGUGUUGCCAAUGACUUGUUAUAAUUGGUGAGAAGACCAUAGGCGCGACAGAUGAUGUCCAAAUGGCUUUGGAUAGCACUGAGCUCCGCUGGAUCAGGUCGUCGGAAGAUGACCAAUUCAUCAGAAUAUAGGGACACCGCGGGGGCGGC